AUGGAAGAGACGCAGAGGGACUUCGGCAUUGCGGUAACCGACAUCAUGACUAGAGAAGCAAAAAAGAGGUUCCUCAGGUUUAAGGAUUCGUCAGAAGCCACUCUAGCUGCCAUCGAUACAGAAGAACGACCUGAAGAGGUGCUCAAUUCUGAGAUAUCCAACAGACCUAGUGAUAUUACUGAUCCUACCCCCAGUCCUGCCCCCCGUCCUGCCCCUAGUAUUCCAAAAUCUCUUGUUAGGUCAACGAAUCUUCUUGAUGUAGACAUAAACUCAAUCUCGCUAAGCGAAAAUUGCAUUAAGCCUUUUGUAUACAAAGAUGGUAUAACAGAAGACAGACCCGUGGUAGCAAUUCGCCCCUCUGUUUCCGAUAACCCGAGAUUCCAUCGUUUCAUCAUCAACGCUGGUCUGAAUGACAACGAAAAUUGUGAGUACUUCAAGGUUGUCAAAGGUAGUAACCUUAGCCCCAGAGCUGCUGCAGGUAUGCCGCAAGACAAAGAGAUGAAUUUCAAUCUCAAGGAAAGAAAGAAAGACUUUAAAGACCUCGAGAAUGUAAAAAUCGGUCCAUGUGUCGUCAUGCCACGCGCGGAGAGCUACCAGCGCCGCACCGGCGUAAAGGAGCGUCAGCCGGAUACAUACAUCCGGGUCAAGUAUCUGAAGAUCGACGAGACUGACUGGCUAACCAGAAGUGAAUUUUACCAGCUCUGUGGCAGAAGAAAUUGGGCUGACAACAAGUACUUCAACCGGCUCGUUCCAGAAUACUAUAAGAGACAGCUGUUGUUUGAGGCGUGCAAGGCACAAAAAAAGAAUCCCAAGACAAGGUUACCUUUAACAUCGGAGGAUUUUGAAGCCUACCCAUGGUUGUUCCCGAAGGAUGAGGGAAUAGAAAAGCAGCACAAUAUGGAGACGAAAAAGCGGCACGAUAAGGGGAAGAAGAAGCAGGACGAGGAGAUAGAUAUUAAUACCGAGCACAAAUCUGAUGACGGCGAGGACGCCGCCUCAGAUAUAUAG